AAGAUCACCUCUUUCGCUGUUUACCCCAGGCCAGUAAAUCUGUAAACAUCAGUGGAAAGUGCCUGCCAGUGACCGCAUUACGUCUACGGAGAGCUAAACUCGGCUUCCUCUGGGCACUACUUGGCGUUAGUGUCCUGCCCGCGCACGGGUGGAGCGGAAAGCCCCGGGACGGGUCCUCCAUGGACGGCCUGGUGGGCUACGGCACGUCCUCCGAGUCGGAGGAAGAGGAGCCACGCGGGGGCCAGUCUGAUCAAGGUGAGAACACUGGAAGAGGUGGAUGUGGACCAGGUGUUCAGAAGAUCAGGAAUUUCUUGCUGGAAUCGCGAUCGGGGUCAAGCGAGUCGGACUCUGAGCCAGACCCCGAGCCGCAGGCUGCCCCAGAUGUUCCGGAAAAGUCCGUGGCUAACCCAUCUAGUUUGCCGGCCCAGUCCCUUGGCCGCAGACUGCCCCCACCUCCCUCCGCCGUGCUCUCAGGAAGCAGUGUGUUCGCCAACCCGUUCAGGGAGCAGACGGCGGAGCGUCUCAGCAUCCUGGAGAAACACGUGCCUCUGACCCCGGACGCCCGGCCCUCGCAGAUCGGGGGCCGUAAAAUGUGCAUCUCGUACCGGCGCGAUGGCCGAUGCCGUUUCGGCAGCAGCUGCAAGUUCGCCCAUGACAGCGACCUGCAGAGGCCCGUGCCUCUCCAGGGCGGUGCCGUCAACGGUCCCCACGGUAACCCCUCCAACUCCAUCCCGACUACAGAGCGGGACUGGGAGGGGCCACAGGGAGAGUCGAGGAAGAAGAGGAGGGUUGGACUGAGUGACACCCUCCUUCCCCCAAAGAGGGCCCUCAAACAGUAUGACUCGCAGAGGAAAGAAGGGUUUUCACCUUUCCUCUGAGGGAAGGGCUGUGAGAGACAUAACCGGAGCGGGCCUUAAACGGUGUACAGCGCAUUUAUUUACGUGUAUUUAUUUAUUGGAUGCGUUCGGACCAUUGUCUCUCGUGUUGGAAUGUGAACAUAGUGGUGCGUCCAACCCGAGAGCGCUUGAGGUGUUCUGCAGAGAGGAAUGGGAGAAGAUCCCCAAAUCCAGGUGUGCUGAGCUUGUAGUGUCAUGCCCUAGACGACCUGGAGCAACCUUGGCAGUGAUUACAGUCUCGAUACAGUAAAGGGUUGGUACAUGUGGUAUUUCACUUUAUUUUUAUUAUGUCUACGAAAUUUGUGUGUAGACCUGUUUUCGCUUUUCAGUUUACGUUUACAUUUAUUCAUUUAGCAGACGCUUUUCUCCAAAGCGACAUCUCCGAGGAAAUACAAUGCAAAAAUACAGCUGUGGUGUGUGUGUAGAGUUAAAAAAUUGUUUAAUCCAUGUCAGAAUACGGCUGAAGAAGGAAAAGGGGCGUGAACACUUUGAAUGCACUGUACAUGUAAAAAUUAAGAAGUUCCUGUGUAGUAAAUGUAUUGUACAAAUAACUUAAUGGGUCCUUGUACACUCAAGUGUCAUGAGUUGCACUUGAAUGAGUAAAUGUUAUACCGCUGCUUUUUAAUGUCAUGUCUCAGUCAACGAAUUGUGAUUCCACUGUUAUUUAAAACAACAUUAUGGUCAUAUGUUUAUACACACAUAUGCCCAGUGCAGUGAUUCUAAUUCUCUCCUGUAAACCAACCAAAUACUGUACUGAAAAACAUAACUAAUGGGGAAAAAUUCCAAUUUGUUCCAAGCCCAAUCCAGCUUCACCGCCAUGCAUAACCAUCAAGAAUAAUGCCUAAUCUCCUAAGGAAAAAGCAGUGACAGUAAAAGGUUGAUGCAGUUUAGUUUUUUUCCCCCAGAAAAGAAUACAAGAAAAUGUCAUUUUUAUUCCAUCAUCUCUAUUUAUCUUCUAUAACUUGUGCUCAUGGUUACAGUAGCCAACAAGUUUCUUCACCAUUCUAUCACAUUUGGAAUUGAGUUAAUAUUUUUUCCCCAUUGCUUUAUUUUUCUAUUUUGUGAAUAUAGAAAUUAAAGAUCUGUUACUUUAUUUUUUAAAGUUUAUUGGGUUUAUAGGGUAACUGCUAGCUAUUUGCAGGAAUGUCAUUCAUGUAGGAUGUAGUGUACAAACAGAUUUUAUAUAGUACACUUACCAUGAUAGUGUACAAGGACUGGCUUGAGGAAAACAAAAGCUAUAUGUCACAUUUAAAUAAAUGAUUGGAAAAUUAAAGCACAACAGGAAUCAGGAUACAUACACAAACAGGGCAGUAUGCAGGUGAGACUGGAGACGCAGAACACAACUGAGAGUGUGGGUACACUGUUCCCACAAUGCACUGCAUUUUACAGUGCUUCUCACUGCAGCUUGGGGCACUUUUCAAAUGCCUUCUCACUUUGGGACGGUGCAGCACAACGGAUAAGUGAAAAUUCAGACCAAUUGAUUAAUGCAAUAUUAAUAUCGGACGAGAAAACUGGAUAGCGGGACACUGAAUAACGGAUGAGAACUCAUGUGAACUGGAAUCUGUCAACUUCACAGGCUGUAGGAAAUAAUGAGCCACAAUAUUACAUCAGUCCUCUUAGAGACAAAUACAUAUACAUUGAUCUGCUAAAAUUAAGAAAGAAGUGUAUUUCUGGGUUUUAUGUUACUUCAAAGCGACUUUCAGUGAACACUAGUGAUACUAGUCCAGUCCUUAUUCACCACGGUGGCUCACAUUGCUAGAUGCACUACUUACAGU